AUGGCUGUCGUUGUCAAUGCCAUCUCUGGUAUCGAACCCCUGCUUGCGGAGCUCGCGACGUCUUCGCAUAUCUUCCUGCAGCCGCCAUCCUCCCUCCAUCUCGACACGUUAGCCUCUGUCAAGAAUAUCCUUGAUCCCUUGGCCUCAAAUGUUGCAGACGCGCAAAGAUCAAGGCGGGAUGAAAACAGGAAGAAAAGGAAACGGAGUGAUGUUGAGCGUGAAGAGGAUGUUCUACAACUCCGUCAGGUAUACACAAGUGGGCUGGGAGUGAAACAGGUGUGGGAACAGGCGAGAAGAGUCCUCGACGCUGCAUGCUCCGAGAUCGAGAGGGAUCUCGGAGCUCAGCACAGUGGAGCGCAGACAAACGUGGAAGAUACAAGUGGCCUGAACGGCCAACUGACGGUGGACAACGAGGAUGACUCUCUCGACGACGAACAUGACGAAGAGGAUCUUUCAGACAACGAGCUCUUUGACGAGGGUGACCUCCAAGGUGAAUACGACGGCUUUGAAGAUGAGAUCGAAGACAUUGCAGAGGAAGACAUUGGAGGGGAAGAUUCCGAGGCCCUGGAUUCUGCUUCGGGCUCUGAAACACAGGAUCCAGCAACCUACGUUCAAGACCCCAACAAUCUGAACGAUGGCUUCUUUUCCAUUGAUGACUUCAACCGACAGACACAAUUCCUUGAGCAGUUGGACGCCUUGGGAGAGGAUGAUAACCCGAGCGAUGAAGAUGAAAUUGAUUGGGAUGCCGACCCUUCAUCGAUACCCUAUCGCAAAUCUAAUAAUGACCACGACGAGAUGUCCGACCCAGAUGGUGCGUCUGACGAAGAGGACGGUCCCACAUUCGGUAAUGCCGAUCUGAACGCCGACGACAGUGACGAAGAUAUGUCUGACGACGAGGCCAACAAUGUUGGGAAUGCUCUCCCCGGGUUGGAAAACACCAAUGAAAUUCGAUACGCCGACUUUUUCGCACCUCCACCCAAAAAGCUGUCUAAGACCAAACGCAUGCGAGCUCUGCCCAAGACACAGCCUCCGCCUCAACGCCGACCGGAGGACGAUAAGGACAUUGAGGAGGCCAUGCAACGAGCAAUUUCUGAUGCGCGGCGCGACCUGCUUGAAUCCGAUGAAGAACUUUCCGAUCUCGAAUCCGGGUCCGAUGUAGACGUUACGAGGCCAUCAAUGAAGAACAUGUCGACACAUGAAAAACAACGUGCUGCUAUUGCAGCUGAAAUCCGUCGCCUCGAAGCUGCAAACGUAGCGAAACGUGAUUGGACCUUGUCAGGAGAGGCACGAGCCGCGGACCGGCCGCUCAACUCGCUGAUUGAAGAAGAUCUUGAGUUUGAACGACUUGGCAAGCCUGUGCCGGUGAUUACAACCGAGGUUUCCGAAGAAAUCGAACAACUUAUUAAACGACGCAUCCUUGCUAGAGAGUUUGACGAAGUUGUCCGCCGGCGGCCGGAUGCCAUUGGCACCGCGAACGAAACCCGCCGUGGACGUAUUGAAGUGGACGACACGAAGCCACAAUCCGGCCUUGCAGAGGUCUAUGAACAGGAACAUCUGCGCUCCACAGAUCCCGGAUACGUCGACAAACGAUCAGCCGCCACCAAGAAACAACACGAAGAAAUCUCGAGGCUCUGGAAAGAGGUCUCGAGUCAACUGGACUUGUUGAGCAAUCUGCAUUUCAAGCCGAAGCGCGUCGAGGCCGAGAUCAAGACUGUCCAAGACAAGCCCACUAUCAGCAUGGAAGACGCCCGGCCCGUCGGCCUAGGUGCCAAUGCCGAGGAGAGCAUGCUCGCUCCUCAGGAGGUGUAUCGCCCGGGCGAGGAGAGGGCUGACCGUGAUCUGGUGGUGCGCAAGAGUGGAGUGAGCGUCAAUAAAGACGAGAUGACCAGGGAAGAGAAGCUACGGCGCCGGAGGAGGGAGAAGGAGCGGAUGAAGAAAGCCCAAGACCAAAGCAAGACUCUGGCCACAGGCUCGACUGCGUCGGGGCCGGGCCCCUCUCGCAAAAAGAAGUCGGACCAGGAGAAAGCUGAUAUCCUCACCGAGCUGCGCAAGGGCAAUGUCAAGGUCAUCGACAAGAAAGGAGAGCUACAGGACCUCGGAGGCAAGAAGAGUAAGAGGGCCGAUCGUGCCGCUGCCGUGGAAUCCAGUGCCGGCGCAUUGAAGCUAUAG